GUCACCGCACACUUCCGGUGGUCUAGACAUCUCUCAGCCUAGUCCCCAGUAUUUUGUGCCGUAGUGUAUACAGGAACAAUGAUUAAAACCAAACAAUCGAUGCCCUGUUAACGAACGGAGACUCUCCUGAUUGCUGGAGUCGUCGAAUAUUCAUGUGUAACCGGCGGGUGACUGGACUAGCCAACCUUGUAUUUCUGACCCCUCCAUCAGCCCAGUUGCUUCUCGAAAUCGGGGCAAAGCACAACAAGGCCAUGAGGCAUGUUGUGCAACAUAUUGUGCAACCCUCGAGGCUGCAGCAGUCCUCGGAUGUAAUGAUGGGUAUUUUCCCAUUUGACGGCUCCUCGACGUGGCUUUCGUUUCGGUCAAAGCACUGGAAAUGCUCUCCAGGCAACCAUGAUGGGAAAAGCGUGGUAUUCUCAGAACUCGCAUCUCUGUCGGGCGGCAGCUGACGCACGAUGACAAUAAUAACUGUGACCAAGGCGAGUCGAGGAUGACGGGAGCAAGGCUAACUCGAACCCAAUUCCAACUAGGACAAUAGCUGCGCCGCACACAGUGUAGCGGCGGGUGAGGC